CUUCUCGCACAAUUCAGAAUUCUCGCUUACCAGAAAGCACUUUCCCUCUCAAACAUCUUCUUAGUAAAGCUCGAACACCCACCAUGUCCAACAACGCUUUGCUUCAAACCAGUCUUCGCAACAGUCUUGCCGAUGUGCUGUCUGAGCUUGACAACAUUGACCACGUUAUGGUCCCGCCAGCAGUUGCCCCUUCACCUCCUGUUGCUGUGCAACCCUCUCUUGCCUUGCCGUCUUUCAGCUUGCUUCCCCACUCUUCGAGAAGAAGCUUGACCAUGCCGUCCACCCAUGUUCGUCCCAGUGCUGCAUUGGGAAUCAGCAGCGAGCAGCUGAUUAUGGCCGCCGAAAGAGAGAAACGAAUGAUGGAGGAAAAGAAGUUCAUGGCCGAUUUGGAUCGAGCUCGGGUUGCGGCUGCAGCUCGUCAGAGAGCUCUCCAGAACGCCAUUCACGAGCGUCAACAGAUGCAAAAUCGUUCCUUGCUUUCCCUCUUCCACAAGGGCGCAUGCGCCUAUCCUACUUCGAUCCCACAAGUCUUUGCUUCUUCCAUGAAGUUGAAAGCGGCUCCUCAAGUGAUGAUGCAGCCACCAAAGGAUGCACUCAAGGAGCUCGGCUCUUCCUUGCGUCAGAAGUCUUCUCCCUAUGUUGAUGUUGUUGAUGCCGCUGACCCUGAUCCCUCGGAUUCUCGAGUCAAGAAGACCCGUGGAGGAGUUACAGAGCCUUUCCCUGAACGUCUCCAUCGUCUUCUCAUGGAGAUCGCGAAGGAUGGAAAUGGAGACGUCAUCUCCUUCCUGCCCCAUGGUAGAGCCUUUGCCAUCCAUAAGCCUGACCGCUUCAUCUCCGAUAUCAUGCCUCAAUACUUCAAGCAGAAGUCCCUCAGCAGCUUUCAAAGGCAGCUGAACCUCUAUGGCUUCAAGCGAGUCCAGAGUGGCCGUGAUGGCGGCGCCUACUACCACGAGCUCUUCCUCCAAGGCCGACCUAACAUGUCCAUGUUGAUGAGGAGGGUCGGACUUCCCAAAGGGGACGAUCGCAGGAAGAUGAGGUCAAAGAAUGUUCAGAUCGACCCUGACUUUUACUCUAUGAAGCCCGCGGUUGCACACAGGGCCUUUCUCGCUUAGGCAGCCAAGCAACAUGCUUGACGCAACCACACAGGACGACGGAGGGAGAUUCUAUACAUGAUUUAGCCACAUUUACAUAUGCAACACUUCUAAAACUACAUGUACUAACUAAAACUUUUUAAAAAACAAGAGAGGUAACAACACUAAUUUUCAU